GGAGGGGGCUUCGCCAUGGGCAACUGUCACACGGUGGGGCCCAAUGAGGCGCUGGUCGUGUCAGGUGGAUGCUGCGGCUCUGACAACAAGCAGUACGUCGACGGAGGCUGGGCUUGGGCCUGGUGGUGUAUUUCCGAUACGCAGAGGAUUUCCCUAGAGAUAAUGACGUUACAGCCCAGGUGUGAGGACGUAGAGACGGCGGAGGGGGUAGCUUUAACUGUCACAGGUGUGGCCCAGGUGAAAAUAAUGACUGAAAAGGAGCUUCUCGCAGUGGCUUGUGAGCAGUUCCUGGGGAAGAACGUCCACGACAUUAAGAACGUGGUCCUCCAGACGCUGGAGGGGCAUCUGCGCUCCAUCUUAGGGACAUUGACAGUUGAGCAGAUCUACCAGGACAGGGAUCAGUUUGCCAAGUUGGUGCGGGAGGUGGCAGCCCCAGACGUGGGCCGGAUGGGCAUUGAGAUCCUGAGCUUUACUAUCAAGGAUGUCUAUGAUAAAGUCAGCUACCUGAGUUCCCUGGGGAAGACCCAGACAGCAGUCGUUCAGCGAGACGCAGACAUCGGAGUGGCCGAAGCCGAGCGUGACGCUGGCAUCCGGGAAGCAGAGUGCAAAAGGGAAAUGCUGGAUGUCAAGUUCAUGGCAGACACGAAGGUGGCCGAUUCCAAGCGCGCCUUCGAAAUGCAGAAAGCGGCUUUCAGCCAGGAGAUCAAUGUGAAGACAGCAGAGGCUCAGCUAGCUUAUGAACUGCAAGGAGCAAAAGAACAGCAAAAGAUCCGCCAAGAGGAGAUCGAGAUCGAGGUUGUGCAGCGCCGGAAGCAGAUUGACGUGGAGGAGAAGGAGAUCAUUCGCAUGGACAAGGAGCUCAUCGCCACCGUCAAAAGGCCGGCGGAGGCUGAGGCGCACCGCAUGCAGGAAAUCGCAGAAGGAGAGAAGGUGAAACAGGUGCUUAUUGCUCAGGCCGAAGCAGAGAAGAUCCGCAAGAUUGGAGAGGCCGAGGCUUCCGUCAUCGAGGCCAUCGGCAAAGCCGAGGCUGAGAAGAUGAAGCUCAAGGCACAGGCCUAUCAGCAGUAUGGGGAGGCGGCCAAGAUGGCCUUGGUGCUCGACGCCCUGCCCCAGAUCGCCGCCAAGGUGGCUGCCCCGCUGGCCAAGCUCGAUGAAAUUGUGAUUCUCAGUGGGGACAACAAUAAACUGACAUCGGACGUGAACCGGUUGCUGGCUGAGAUCCCUGCAUCUGUGCACGCCCUCACCGGGGUCGACCUCUCCAAGAUCCCCCUAAUCCAGAAAGCAACCGGAGCCCAGGCCUGAGACGAGGCGAGCCAUCGAAGAGCACCCCCCCAGCCUGUUUAUGCACUCCCCACCGACUGCCUUGAACAUUGGGGGCUCCUGUUUCAUCAGCGGAGAUAGUUGGGGGCUUUGCUUGGGUGCCUUAUAUCUUUGAGGGACCGGAGCGGAGCAGGUCCGCCGGUCCUUUAGUUUCCAAGAGAGGCUUCUCUUCUGUAAUCCCUGUUCCGUGUCAUGCUAGCCAAACCCCUAUCUUCGUCUGCUGUCUCACAAAGUCUGUGCCUUGACCAACCACCGCCCCUCCAGUUGCUGCUGUUGGGGCUGGGACGGAC